CCUCUUUCACUAAUCAUCCGAAGCUAACUCCAAAACCCUCUCCUAGUCGUUAAAACCCUCUCUCUCUAGGGUUUGGGUUCGCCGCUCCCCCUUUUCUCCUCUCCGGUACAUAUCAGUUGUUUAUUGGGUUAGCAGUUUGUUAAGAAUGGCUCACCAGGGAGGUAGCAUCAAGUCCACUGCCAUAAAUGGCAUAAAGAUGUAUUCUAUGUCAGGCCAACGUUCUACGCCAACAUGGCUUCCUCCCAAGAAGAUGAAAGCCCUUCGAAAAGAUAAAGACUAUAUGCAAAGGGUGGACUUGAUCCAGGAUUUGAGGUUUGAGACUGCUGCAACCAAGAUUAAGGCAACACCUGAUGGGGAGUUCAUCAUUGCAUCAGGCAUUUACCCUCCACAAGUUAAAGUGUAUGAGUUAAGGGAACUUUCGUUGAAGUUUGAAAGGCACUUGGUUUCAGAAAUUGUUGAUUUUCAGGUACUGACUGAUGAUUAUUCCAAAAUUGCAUUUCUCUGUGCUGACCGUUCUGUUUGCCUACAUGCAAAACAAGGAAGUUACUACAGCUUACGCAUUCCAAGGAUGGGAAGGGAUAUUGCAUAUGAUUGCUGGUCUUGUGACUUGCUCUGCGCUGCCUCUUCUCCUGAUGUGUACAGAAUUAAUUUGGAUGAGGGGCGUUUUCUUUCCUCACUCAGUACUCAAUCACCAGCAAUAAAUGUAGUUUCCCGCAGCAUGCUUCAUGGGCUGGUUGCUUGUGGUGGUGAGGAUGGGACUGUAGAAUGCUUUGACCCAAGGAUGAAAUCUUCAGUGGGGAGAAUUAAUGCUGUUACAGGUAGUGGUGAUGCUGAUCAGGAGGUCACGGCAUUACAAUUUGAUGAUUAUGGGGGUUUCCUCAUGGCAGUUGGAAGCAGUGCUGGAAAGGUAUUGAUCUAUGACUUGCGUUCUUCUCAUCCUGUUCGAGUUAAGGAUCACAUGUAUGGAAGCCCAAUAUUGGACAUUAAGUGGCACCAGACUCUUAACUCCGCAAGGCCAAAAAUGAUCACUGCAGAUAAUCAUAUAGUUAGAAUUUGGGAUCCUGAGAUGGGCGACAGCAUGACCAGCAUAGAACCAACUGCAGGAACUAUUAACGAUGUGUGUGUUUUUGGUCAGAGUGGGUUGAUGCUGUUGGCUCUAGACUGCAGCCAAAUACCAUCAUACUUCAUACCUGCUCUAGGGCCUGCUCCAAAAUGGUGCUCAUACCUGGAAAACUUAACGGAAGAACUGGAGGAGGGUGCACAGACAACCAUAUAUGAUGAUUUCAAAUUUUUGACGAAAGAAGACAUUGAACGAUUGAAUUUGACGCAUUUGAUCGGCACUGAUAAACUAAAGGCCUCCAUGCAUGGUUUCUUUGUCGAUUAUCGGUUGUAUAAAAAGGCACAAGCUUGGGUAGAUCCAUUUGCAUAUGAUGCUUAUAUAGAGAAGCGGAAGCAAGAGAAGUUGGAGACAGAACGUGCCUCUCGCAUUACGAUCAAGAGGAAAUUACCUAAAGUAAACAGGGUUCUUGCUGCUCGUCUGCUUGAAGAUGAAGAAGCUAAAGAAGGCGUAUUGGAAAAUAAUGAUGAUACUGCAACAAAGAAGAAAUCAUCCAAGAAAAGGAAAGGACUAGGCAGUGAGUUGCUGAAAGAUGAACGAUUUUCUAUGAUGUUUGAGAAUAAGGACUUCGAAGUGGAUGAAUUAUCCCCCGAAUUUCUUGCUCUACAUCCCGUUGCUUCAAAAAAGAAUCCCUCAUUGAUCGAAGAACAUUUCGAGCCAGUUCUGCAGAAUGAAGAAGAGCAGGGGAUUAGUGACUCUGAUGCCUCAAUGGCACCCCAAUCAUCAGAUGAUGAGUCUGACAAGGAAGCAAAUAGAGUUAAAAAGAAGGUUGCAAGGGUUCCAAGGCUAUAUGAAGUGAAGGAUGAGAGGCAUGCAGAAGCGUUUUCUAGGAAUGUUUCCCUUGCAAAUGAGGAUGCUCUCCCGCUGGGAGAGAGGAUGGCUGCUCUUGGAGAGCAGCAAACUUCUGGCAUUCCUGGUGAUGUGAAGCUGGGACCGGGCGGUUCACGCGAGAUCUCCUUUGUCUCCCGAAGCUCAGCCAAGUACAAGUCUGAAAAGGAGGAGCGCCGAGAAGGGAAGAGAAGGGGUAUCCAAUCCUUAGGCCUGAAGCCAGAUAGAUCCAAUUUCCGACAAAGAGGGAAUGGCAGAAGGGGCCGGCGGUGAAACCACAUCAAUGUACAAUGGGUUAUAUCUGUCUGAUAUAUGGUUUUUGCAUUAUCAGUUACAGAGAGAGGCUGAAUGGAGAGAGCCAGAAAAUAGAACAGAUGGCACUUUGGCAUUUCAGCUUUGAAAAAUCAAAAUUCAAGAAUGUUGGUUAGUUUAUUUAUGGAGCAGAGCAAUUUUGAAGGGGUCUUUUAGUUAUUAUUGUGGGAUCACUAGCACUGUACAGCAAGAUUCUGAAAACUAGGCAGCCAUUGUUUGACUAGCAGAUUAAUGUAGCCUGUGCAUGUACCCACACACUAGGGCUGUUAAACGAGUUGUGUUCAGCAGGCAUGCUUAUCUUUGUAUCAUUUCUUGAAAUUUGUUUCUUUAGGAGAGGGUAUUUGGUGUUUAUUUUUGGCUCUUGGAUGUUGAGUUGUCCACAAGAACUUACUCAUUGCAGAGGUUUCAUUAGAUUUUGUUAAAAUGCAACUAGAGCAGAAAUCUGCAGAGCAUAGCUCAUUGAGCCU